CACGGUUGACGGACGUGCGAUGCGCAACGCUAGCGAGCAAUCGAAUAUCAAACAAUAGACGUGCAUUUUGCCGAUAGUGUUUUAAUUUUAUUUGACUGUUUUAUCGAGAGUGUUUGUAAAUGUUUUAUCAACUUGAAUGAAAAUUUUGUGACUGAUUGCACUGCACUAUAUUUAACUGGCGAAUGGAUCAGAAUCGACUUGAACUUGGUCAAAUAGUGUUAACGUAGAAGUGUCCCUGUCUAUUAUUACACGAAACUACCAACUAGUGGGGACUUUGACGAGCACCGUCGCGAAUACAGUGUAGAAAGUAAUGACAAUUGCAGUUUAAGUGAAAGUGUCUUUAGUGAAGAUAAUGGCGGGCGCAGACGAAACGUCCGUGUUGGGAGCGAACAACAAUGUGGUACCAUUACUGCCACGAUCCACUGUGCAGCUUGAGUUCCGGAAUAUUAAAUGUACCAUUAACUCCUUCUCAAUCAAUAAGCUGCGAUAUGAACAAAAGGAAAUUCUUAAAGGCGUGGACGGUUGUUUCAAGCCUGGUGAGCUAACGGCCAUCAUGGGCCCUUCAGGAGCUGGGAAGACGACACUUCUUAACAUCCUGGCCGGCUAUUCAACACGAGGCGCCAAAGGAGAGAUUUCAGUGAACGGUGUGUGUGCGUGCGCUUCCCAGGCGGCGGGCCGUGGCGGAGCUCGUUACAUUCGCCAGCACGAUGACCUCCGCGUGCACUUGACCGUGCAUGAAGGCAUGUCUCUUGCUGCUGCUCUUAAACUGGCCGAUUUCACGGCCCAUGAGAGGAAAGAGAAAGUAUACGAGAUUUUAGCAUUAUUAGGCUUAAGCGGAACAGCCCAAACUCUCUGCAGGGACUUGUCAGGUGGUCAGAAGAGACGACUGGCCGUUGCCUUAGAGUUACUGUCGGACCCCUCGCUUUUGUUUCUGGAUGAGCCCACCACUGGCCUGGACUCAUCCGCCUCAACAUCUCUGAUCGCACUUCUCAACAGUUUAGCAAGAGGUGGACGAACUCUGGUGGCCACGAUCCAUCAGCCAUCAGCGUUACUCUUCGAGAAGAUAGACUCUAUUUACUGCUUAGCACAGGGACAGACUCUAUUCAAAGGCGCCAGAGUAAAUCUUUUGCCAGCUCUACAGAAUGCUGGGUUGCGGUGUCCAGCUUACCAUAAUCCUGCUGAUUUUUUGAUGGAGGUAGCAUCAGGAGAUUAUAAUGUCGACCUAGAGAAAACAUGCAACACAAUGAUGCGAUUCAAACCCGAACCUUCAGCUAAUGGCAACUUCGAAGAUAAUGUUCCUACUAUACCCGCCUUGCCUAGCCCUAUGGAAAUAACCAGCGAACUGAAGUCAAAGCCGUUCCUAAGCAGUUCUAAGUACAGGAAGAACAAUUCGAAGUUCAUGUAUAACCAGUCAGGGUUACUCCGACAAACCUGGAUUCUUUUAUAUCGGAACUACUUAAUGACAACCAGGAACUACUCGCUGUUCAUGUAUCGAGUAGCAUGCCACGUCACAAUCGCGCUUAUCUUUGGCUACCUAUAUCUCGGAGUGGGCAGUGAAGCUAGCAGUGUACUUGGCAACUACGUGUAUCUGUAUGGUUCUAUGCUGCUCGUCGUCUAUACUGGAAAGAUGUCCGUUACUUUAUCAUUUCCGUUAGAAAUGGACAUACUGAAAGGCGAAUAUUUCAAUCGAUGGUACAAUUUAGGGCCGUACAUCUUUUCUAUAUUAGCAGUGGAGUUGCCAUUUCAAAUGUUGUCUUGCGUCUCGUACGUGGUGUUAUCAUACUGGUUGACGGACAACCCGUUGGAUCCAACGCGAGCAACCCUCUUCCUGGCCACUGUUGUCGCGACGUCACUAUGUGCUCAGGCUUGGGGAUACUUCAUUGGCUCCACAACGCCAACUAAGAUCGCAGUGUUUAUAGGCCCUGUUGUAGCAUGCCUGUUCUCCGUGUUUGGUUUUUGCCUAGCGUUACGGGACACGCCGUAUGCUUUCAAGUGGCUGCACCACAUAUCCUACUUCAGGGCCGGUUUCCACGUAGCCGUGCAUUCGGUUUACGGCUUCAACAGGACUAAGAUCCAUUGUUCUAAGGAAUACUGCCACUACAGUACACCAAGCAAGUUUCUCAUUGAAAUGGACAUGGCCCAAGUGGACGUCGGUGGAAAUAUGGCUUUAGUUCUAAUUACAACUGUGUUGAUGCACCUUCUCACCUGCGCUGCGUUAUGGUACCGACUCAAUAAGAGAUGAUAUGAUUGUUAAAAGAACUGAUUUAAGUUACCAUUAGGUCAUUCAUUUACUGUAAAAUGGAAAGACAUAGAUUAAUGCUAAGAAAUUAGUAGGCAAAAUAGUUCCUUAAGUGUUUCUUCUAAGGUGUAAGGUUUUUGUGUAAGGUUUCAAAAUCAUCAUUAACUAAAGAUAAUGAUGAUGUAUCUAAUGAUGAUGAUGAAUUUUGAUGACCUAUUCAUACCUCUUCGUGACGCAAUUGUUAUAUUUGUAUAAUUUGAUAAGAGUAGAUUUGAUAAAGAUUGACAAUUUAAAGAUAAAAUUUGACUAUUUAAUAACAUUUAUAUAAAAUAACUAUUAUAUUUUCUUUACAUUUAUUCAAGUCUGAAGGGUCUUCUGCCUUAUGUUUUUCGAAAUAUUUUGAAUAAAUGUAUGUGUGUAGGUCAAGAAUGUCUAAAGGCUUGAUUAGUUUUAACCAAGAAAUGGAUGUCCAAGACAACGGAAACAGGGCAGACCAGAAAGAGACAUAGUCUCGAUUCUUUCAAAGAAGGAUAGAGGAAGAGCACUCAAAGCCUUAAACUGUAGGACAUAAAUGAAUAACUUAUAUUUUUUUCACAAGUUUUUAAACAAUGAAUUCGUAUUUCUUCAUCAAAUCUAUUAUGAGUAAUAUACUACUAUUCUAGCACCGAUUUACUUGAGAUCACAAUUACAUAUUGUUAAAUAAAUAACAUAAUUUUGACAAUGGAACGUGCUGCGAUUAUGACGCGCUGUGUAGACGACGUUCUUAUUACUGAAAAAUAAAAUCCACACUUGGCUAAAUACGCCUAAGUGAUAUUACCGCCUGAAAUGUCUGUCUCAAAAGGCGGCCAUUAUCUUUUGCUAACUUUCCACAGUCACCUUUGCGGUAUACCUCAAAGGCCAAGAAGUCUCUUUUGGAACUAACAAGGAAAGCGAUCCUAGAUCCGAAUUCGACCCUAAUCUGCAUUAAGGCCAUCUUCCCACAGCCCGUAGCCCGCGCCGCGCGUUUCGCACAAACGCGCCUGGGAAGAAGGCCGCCCGAGUGUGCCCGUGCUCACCCGUGGUGGCCUGUUCGGAUCCUCCGCUCGUCAGUGACUUUAAAGGCGAAUGUACAAUACUUACGAACAAAACAUACAUACGAACUC